AUGUGGAAGAGACUCUGCAUUCAAAGCAUUGAUUGCAAACUGCAAACAAUUAUAGCGCGAUCAGGAGCACAAAUCAUGCACACCCUUGGAGCAGGCAACCAACACGCUGAUUGCCUGGCCAACUUGAGAGAGCAGUCAACUGAAGUACAUGUCCAACUAGCUCUCCCACCAAUGGAACUUGGACCCUGGCUAGAUGAAGAGUCUGAACGAUUCCCCACACCAAAAAAAAGGAGAAAGAUAAGGCAAAGUCAAAAUUUCACAAGGACUCUUUCAAGCUUCACUAGUCAAGUUUUGGUUAAACUUAACAAUUUUGAUUUAGCUUAA